GCAGUAACUCAUCCUUCACUAAGACAGAAUCUUUCUUAGAGUGUGUUUCCCAACUACAUUGUCUCCAGUCCCUCUUCCUUAUUAACACAAAAAUGGGUUACUCCAAGACUUUUCUUCUCCUUGGUCUUAUCUUUGCUGUUGUGCUUCUCAUUUCCUCCGAUGUCUCUGAAGCCGCUCAAACCCAGGAAAAUGUCCAAACUGACGCUGUGGAGGAGGCCAAGUAUGGUGACCAUAAGCAUGGGCAUGGACACGGGCAUGGACAUGGUCACCACGGCCAUGGACAUGGACAUGGUCACGGUCACCCAGGACAUGGUGCUGCUGGCGAGACAUAAACCGACCAAAAUUAGAUAAAUCCUUCGUCCUAUGCUAUCUGUCUGAUCAAUGUGUCUAAGUAAUAUGUAGCUUAUCUAAGUUUGUAUGCCAAUAAGGUCGCACUGCAGGUUGUGUAGUUUAUAAACUCUCAACAAUACUAGCAGGUUGUACUUUCUUUCAUAUGUAUUCUACUUUUUAUGUAUUACAAUUAUUGUGCUUUGUUAA